AUGGCUUAUUAUAACGUACCCAAUUGGAUCCGCAUUAUAUUGCUUCUUUCCAGCGUGCUAUCUUUCGCACCGCAACUCCGUCGCACGAUUUCCAGGAAAACCAGCUCGGGCAUAUCGACAUUCUACCUGCUAUUCAACCUCAUUUCCACAACAGAACAGUUCGCCUUGGCCUUCUUCUUCAUUGUGGAUAACUUCGAGCAACCCGAUGUCUUUGUCCACCGUCCAAUUAAUGCAGGUGACUGGAUCAACCUGGCGCAGACGACUGUGGUAGCAAUUCUCUGGUUGACUUUAUUUUGCGUCUGCCUAUAUUUGCCCUCAGACCGCCGUGUCGGUUCAGUAGUAUUCGCAAUCGGCGCAUAUAUCGCCUUUCUACUCAUCUCUGUCGUGCCAGUCUUUGCAGACGCCAUCGUGCCGGGGACACACGAGGAUCGCAAGUGGCCAAUAGCCAUCCUCUCUGGCAUUCAUUAUCUGUUCUUAAGUUGGAUCGUUACGGGACUUAAUGCCGCAGCUUUUUACUGUCAAGCGAGAGAAACACUUUCGCGACCAAGGGACCAAGCUCUGAGCCACAUAGGCCUCGCGAUUCAAGCUGUGACUUUCGCAUUCAUGGCCUUUUCGUGGAUUUCCUUGGGGCUCCCUGUCAACUUGGUAUGA